AGGCACAGAGGAGGGGGAGCCAGAAAGAGGGGGUUGCUGAACGUAUUUCCGCUCUGGCGGACAAAUAAUACCGGCCAAAGGAGAGGCCAGGCCGUCCGGCCCUUUAACCGUGUGGGGGGGUUGCUGGUGAAGAAAGGGGGGUCGGGAAAGGGGGAAUCCUGCUCCUUUAAUUCCCUCCCCUCUUCCUCCUCCCCGAGUUCUCGCCGACGCCGCCGCGCGCGGGGCCUGGAACACACGCCACGAGCCGCCCCCGCCCCUCCCCCCUUACGCCCACGCGGAGCCGACCCCGCGCGCGCGCCCCGUGCACCCACGCGCCUGCGCGCUGCCCAGGCCCUGCCCUGUGUGGGGGCGCAGUCGGCCCCGGGGGGGGGUGGGGGAAAUAGGGGGGGAAAAAAACAGCGCGCGGAACCCGGCCAGGGUGGCCCACCCCCGCCACAAUGGCCUCUGGGGUGGAAGUCCUGCGCUUCCAGCUGCCCGGCCACGAGGCCGCUACGCUGCGGAACAUGAACCAGCUCCGCGCAGAGGAGCGGUUCUGCGACGUGACCAUUGUGGCCGACAGCCUCAAGUUCCGCGGCCACAAGGUCAUCUUGGCCGCCUGCUCGCCGUUCCUGCGGGACCAGUUCCUGCUGAAUCCCAGCUCUGAGUUGCAGGUCUCCCUGAUGCACAGUGCACGCAUAGUGGCUGACCUGCUCCUCUCUUGCUAUACGGGCGCCCUGGAAUUCGCCGUCAGGGACAUUGUUAACUACCUGACGGCCGCCUCCUACCUGCAGAUGGAGCACGUGGUGGAGAAAUGCCGGAAUGCCCUCAGCCAGUUCAUCGAGCCCAAAAUAGGCCUCAAAGAGGAUGGGGUCAGCGAUGCCAGCCUUGUGAGCAGUGUCAGUGCCACCAAAUCCCUCCUCCCUCCCGCCAGGACCCCGAAGCCAGCCCCCAAACCCCCACCCCCACCCCCUCUCCCCCCUCCACUCCUGCGGCCUGUGAAGCUGGAGUUCCCGCUGGAUGAGGACCUAGAGCUGAAGGCCGAGGAAGAGGAUGAGGAUGAGGACGAGGACGUGUCUGACAUCUGCAUCGUCAAGGUGGAAUCGGCCUUGGAGGUGGCACACCGGCUCAAACCUCCCGGAGGCCUGGGAGGAGGUCUGGGCAUCGGAGGCUCUGUGGGCAGCCACCUUGGGGAGCUGGCCCAGAGCAGCGUGCCCCCCAGCACUGUGGCUCCACCACAGGGCGUGGUGAAAGCCUGCUACAGCCUGUCCGAGGACGCGGAAGGGGAGGGCCUGCUGUUGAUCCCAGGAGGCCGGGCCAGCGUGGGGGCCACCUCAGGCCUGGUGGAGGCAGCAGCGGUGGCCAUGGCUGCCCGGGGGGCGGGGGGCAGCCUGGGGGCGGGGGGCAGUCGGGGACCCCUGCCCGGAGGCUUUUCCAGUGGCAAUCCCCUAAAGAACAUCAAGUGCACCAAGUGCCCGGAAGUGUUCCAGGGCGUGGAGAAGCUGGUCUUCCACAUGCGGGCGCAGCACUUCAUCUUCAUGUGCCCGCGCUGCGGCAAGCAGUUCAACCACAGCAGCAACCUCAACCGCCACAUGAACGUGCACCGCGGCGUCAAGUCGCACUCGUGUGGCAUCUGCGGCAAGUGCUUCACGCAGAAGUCCACGCUGCACGACCACCUCAACCUCCACUCGGGAGCGAGGCCUUAUCGCUGUUCCUACUGCGAUGUGCGCUUCGCUCACAAGCCUGCUAUUAGGCGGCACCUCAAGGAGCAGCACGGCAAGACCACGGCCGAGAACGUGCUGGAGGCCAGCGUGGCUGAGAUCAACGUCCUCAUCCGCUAGCGCUAGCGUGACAGGCGCUGGGUCCCUGGGCUGGGGGGAAGGGGGCUCCUUGGUCCAGGA